CAAUGGCGUUCCACGACCAUCUCUCCCAAGAAAUGGCACUCCAGCACUUCGCCGACCAACACCUCCGUGCCAUGCUUCCUGACCAACUCAACCACUCCUCUCCGCCUGACUCCGCCGCAAAACAACCUCCCACCUGGCUCAACAGCUCCAUUCUCCGCCACCACUACGCCGGCGAUGGCAGCUUCCUCAACCUGCAGACUAACACCAAUUCGGACUCCUCCAAUUCCAACCAGUGGAUGCCUCGAUCCAUCCACGGCGAGACCGACGACGUGCCGGAGAUUGCGACGGCGAUGAAUCAGGAGAAGGCGAGUCGAAGGAGCGAGAGCGAUGGUGAAGAGAGCAAUUGGCAUAGCGCCAAGUGUAAAUCGGAUGUGUUGUCUCAUCCUCUGUACGAGCAGUUGUUAUCGGCGCAUGUUCAGUGUCUUCGAAUAGCUACCCCGGUGGAUCAGUUGCCGAGGAUCGAUGCGCAGCUCGCGCAAUCGCAGCAUGUGGUGGCCAAGUAUUCGGUUCUUGGAAAUGGUAAUCAGCCUCUGGAUGAUAAGGACCUUGAUCAAUUCAUGACACAUUAUGUUCUAUUGCUUUGUUCAUUCAAAGAACAAUUGCAACAACACGUCCGCGUUCAUGCAAUGGAAGCAGUCAUGGCUUGUUGGGAGCUUGAGCAAUCUCUACAAAGCUUGACAGGUGUAGCCCCGGUUGAAGGCACAGGUGCAACAAUGUCAGAUGAUGAUGAUGACCAAGCAGAUAGCGACACCAACUUGUUGGAUGGAAGUCUAGAUGGUCCAGACACCAUGGGAUUCGGUCCUCUUGUCCCAACUGAAAGUGAGAGGUCCUUGAUGGAACGUGUGAGGCAAGAGCUAAAGCACGAGCUGAAACAGGGUUACAAGGAAAAGCUUGUGGACAUCAGAGAGGAAAUUCUGCGUAAAAGGCGAGCAGGAAAGCUGCCCGGUGACACCACCUCCCUCUUAAAAGCUUGGUGGCAAUCGCAUUCCAAGUGGCCUUAUCCAACAGAGGAAGAUAAAGCAAGAUUGGUGCAGGAAACAGGUUUGCAAUUGAAGCAGAUUAAUAAUUGGUUCAUCAACCAGAGGAAGAGGAACUGGCACAGUAACCCAUCUUCUUCUACCACACCAAAGACCAAACGCAAAAGUAAUGCAGGUGAGGUCAACAGCGAGCGUUUCAUAUAAAUAGACAAGGAUGAUUUCAAAUCCAAAAUUAACCUGGCUUUGUCUCUUCUUUUGGCUAUAUAAUUGGUGAGAAGCUCAUUGCUGAAACACAUGCUUGUGGAGCCAAUAUGAAAGUAGAGAACCGGGAUACAAUGGAAGAUUUUAAUGAGGUUGCAAGUGGUUGACCCGAACAACGAGCAAUGCCUGUUGGCAGGUAUGCUUGAAAGGAACAUUGAUACACAAGAAGUCUGUAGCUUUAUCUCAUUGUAGUUGGUUAAAAUGGUAAAGCAUAUCUAUCUAAAACAGAAACCAUUGAAGAUGUUUGUUUUUUUGAAUGUUUUGGUGGAUUUGUAAAUUCAUGCUCUUAACCUUUUAUAUAUGUGAAUAAGAAUGGCUAUAGUUUGGGAUAUA